AUGGCGCUCCCGACUCUCGAGCUUUGUUUAUUGCAGGAUUUCGUCAUCCAGUAUACUUCUGAAGAUCCGCCUACUGAUGAAACGGAAUGGAAAGAACUUCGCUACACUGAUCCAGAUGAUACUGAUAAUUACACAGUCGUACCAAUUGAUGGCGAGAACUUCAAUCCCGACACCAAGUACCACAUGCGGAUCAUUCCUCGAGGAGAAAUCGAUGGACCUACUAGUGACGUUACCACGUUCACAACUGGAGACGGAGUUAUUAUGCCAUCGCAACCAGAAUUCAACGUCGAUGCUCCCGACAACGUGAUUCGUGUCCCAGCUGGCACAGACUACAUAGUUACGUGCAGCUCUACCGGUUUCCCUCCGCCUGACAUUCGCUGGGUGGACAGCGAAGGAAAU